AUGUCAGACCCUCAGCCGGCGACGCUUCACGAUAUCGAGACCGGCACCGGUCCUAGCUCGGAUACAAAGAAUACCAACUCAGUCUAUUCCGCUCUCGUUGUUCAUGAAGAGAAAGAAUAUCCAGGAAGUGGAACUCUUGAGGAUCCGUAUGUGGUAGACUGGAAGAAAGCCGAUCCGGAGAAUCCAUUCAAUUGGUCAAAGCGACGGAAAUGGGUUAUAACAUCUCACCUCGCAUAUGCCACUUGGGUUGCAUCCUUUUGCAGCAGCUCCUACAGUGCUGGCCUGACUUAUACCGCUAUGGAUCUGCAUCUCACGACAGAAGUAGCUAUCCUAGGCGUGUCAUUGUACAUCCUUGGCUUUACGGUUGGUCCUCUCUUCUGGGCCCCAAUGAGUGAGAGUGAGCUGGAUGAUCAGGCAUUUCAGUUGAUUCGCAAAUUUGCUAACGGCGAAUCCAUCUGCAAGCGAAAUAUCUUCAUUGGGACAUUCACCGCCUUCACCCUUUUACACUUGGGUGGCAGCCUUUGCAAGAACACUGCAACACUAUUGGCAACUCGUAUGCUAGCGGGAAUGUUUGGCGUGUCGCCGUUCACAAACUCAAGCGCAGCUAUGUCUGACAUGUGGAUACCUCGCGAGCGAGGCUUUCCAGGAUCACUAUAUGCAUGUGCGAUCUUUUUGGGUCCAGUCAUUGGCCCAGUUAUUGGCGGAUGGGUGGCAAUGUCUUACCUUGGGUGGCGAUUUAACUUCUGGAUCAUGUUCAUCCUCUCUGGCGUCACUACUAUCGGAUUUGUCGUGAUCGAACCAGAGACAUACGCGCCAGUUCUACUACGCAGGCGCGCAGAGAGAUUGCGCAGAGGGUCCGGAAAUAACGCCGUGUACAUAUCAAAGUAUGAUGUUGGACACUCGCGCAAGCGCAUAGACAUCUUUCGAAAAAAUAUGGUACGCCCAUUCGUAUUUCUUGCAACCGAGCCAAUCGUUCUCCUCCUUGCGAUAUACGGAUCUAUCGCAUACGCUAUCCUAUACGCCUUCUUUGCCGCUUUCCCGAUCGUAUUCCAGGAACAGCGAGGAUGGUCAUCUGGUCUCGGCGGGCUAGCCUUCAUCGGGGUCGGCGUUGGAACCACGCUUGGUUUAUGCUUGACUCCCAUACAGAAUAGAAUGUAUCAGGCUGCCGCGGCUCGUAGUCCUACCGGCCGAGCUGCGCCUGAACAACGGUUAUAUGCGCCCAUGUUUGGUGCCAUCUGUUUGCCUAUCGGGAUGUUUUGGUUUGCAUGGACGAGUUCACCGCAUAUUUUCUGGCUUAGUCCAAUACUUGCGGGCGUGCCAUUCGGGAUUGGAGUGGCCUUAGUUUUGUUCGGCGCGACGCAAUACCUCGUGGACGGAUACCAGAUAUAUGCGGCGAGCGCUCUGGCAGCGACAGUAGUGCUGCGAUCUGUGGUUGCGGCGGUGUUUCCCCUUAUCAUACCCACCAUGUAUAAGAACCUUGGGGACGGCUGGGCUUGCAGCGUCUUUGCGUUCUUGGUGACAGCCUGCAUGCCUAUACCCUUUUUGUUCUACAAAUACGGCCCCUGGCUGCGGAAACACUCCAAGUGGGCUGUACAAGAUGCUACUGCGCCCAGUAUGAGCGUUGUUCCCCCUCCAGGUACUUCUGCGAAAGAAAAAUCCUCGAAUUAG